AUGCAGUUUAAUAGAUGGAAUUCAGCUCCUUUGUUUCCUAUUUUGCAAGAGUCGCCCCAGAAAACGCAAGAAAAACGCCCAACAGCAGAAGACUUCUUUGAUGAUGAAGAGGAAAAACAAGUUGAUCUUAUUGAAAAAAAGCCUGUAAAGAAAAUAAAAAUAUCAAAAAAUAAAUCAAUCAGGAAAAUCCAAAACGAAGCUAAUGAAGAGCACACAAUAUAUGAAAAAGGAGAAGCUUUUAUUAUACUUAAAUGAGAUCCUGAUAGAGUUGGGGACUAUGAAAGCGCAAAAUAUUAUAUCCCAAAUUUAUCAAAAGUCCCUAGAUUUAAAAGAUGCAGAUCAAUCAAAGUUAUUGGAGAAAAUCAGUAUAAGGAAGCCAAAGAGGUAAGAGAAGAGCUUGAUUAUUAUCUUGGGAUCAGCAAAAGUCAAGAAAAGCACACAAAAAAGAGAUAUUUUGAAAUCAAGCCAAAAGGGUCAAUUAAAAUUCCAAAAGCAUGUAAUUUAUGCACAAAAGAGUAUAUUCCUAUAGAACCAAUUGAAAUUAAACAGGAAAAUGAAGAAGCAAAAAUACAUGAAACAAUAAAAAUGUUUAAUGAAAAAUUAUCAGAAAACCCUACUGAUCCAAGUUUAUGAAUCGAGUACUUGAAAUAUCAAAGACAGGCUUUCGGAAAUAAAAAAUCUACAAUCGAAAAAGAACUUUCAAUAAUAAAUAAGGCCUUGAAAGAAGUUUCAACUGAAACAAAUUUAAACCUGAUUUUAAAACAUUUAGAAAUCUUUGAAGAAAAGCUGCUUUAUGAUCAUGAAAACAUAAAAGAAAUCGGAGAAAAUGAGCUUGCAAACUCUGAAUUAGUUUAUAUGUGAAAAGAGUAUUUAAGGCAAAAGCCUGAUAGCAGAGAACUAUGAAGCAAUUAUUUUUAUUUUAUUUUGUCUAAUUUUUCAAAAUUUUCUAUGACAAACUUUAGGGAAAUAAUCAGUCAAGGGAUAAAAGACUUGAUGAGUGAGCCUGAUUUAACAAAAAUUGAUAUUUUUAUUGAAAUUAUGGCCAAAGUAAUUGAAGUUGAAUGAAUGAGCGGAUACUAUGAGAGAUCGAUUGGGAUUUAUCAAGCUUUGGCUGAAUUUUAUGUAUUUGGAAAUAGAGCAGGCUCAUUUGAAGAAUAUUGGGAUUCCGAAUUACCAAGAGUUGGGGAUACUAAAGUCCCUAUAGGCUGAAACAACUAUGAAAAUUAUACUCAAAAUGAAAUUCAUAAGAUGCUGAUUAAUGACAAGUUAAGUGAUUAUGAAAAUAAUUGGCUACCUCUUAGAACGAUUUUAGAUAAAGAGCAAGCUGAGAAGUCUCCAGAAGGAGUUGUAUUUUAUGAUGAUAUUUGUGAUUAUUUAAUUCCUAUAGAGUUUCCAGUAAUUCAUAAGAAAAAAAUUAUUGAAAAUUUUUUGGAAUUUCUUGGUAUCCCUAAAAUAUCAUGUACAAACUGCCAAAAGAAAAGCAAUAUGGAAAGAGGUUAGAUUAGAUUAGCUUAAGUUAUAGUGGCUCGCUGGGGAUUAUUUCAGCUUCUGCCUGUACACCGAAGACUCGGGAUUGUGGUCUUAGUUAUCUGCCGUCACACCAUGCCAUUCGUGUCGAAGUCACUAAAAAAGUUGACAUUAUUAUAUCUCUUGGGGAGACUCAUGCAACCAUGCUAGAUUAACUCUACGGCAGAGGGCUCUUUAGCCCUGAUAAUGCUCAUGACAUAAGAUAAAUGCCCAACGCCUCCUUCUAGGCUACUCUGCCUUAUUAGUUAAAACUUUGUUUCACAGAAGUCCGAGCCAACUUUGUGCCUUCGGUUUUUCGCCUCUGAGCCAGAGAAAAAUGCCUGUAAUGAGCUCUGGCCAGGCAAAAACCCACCCCCAGACUUCCUAAGAAGAUGGAAUCUGCUUACUUCAGGUUGGGAUCAACUCACUAGUUAGGACCUAUCUAGCUUGCUACCUUUUAAAAAGUAUAUUGAUAGAGAAGAAACGGAAAUAAAACCAAUUUUUUGACUUCCAGUUCUAAGUUUAAAUGAUAAGCAAAAAUUAAGCUUUGCUAAGAGAAUCCUUGAAAGGUCCACGCAAUUUACUCAAAUAUUUACAGAGGACUUAGGGAUUCUUCUAAUUUUGAUCGAAAAUAAAUUGAAUGAAGACAAUUUGACCAAAAUUUUGCUUAAAAAAUCAAAUUCAUUAGCAUAUUGAAUGGCGUAUACUGAAAGUUUAAGAAGAAGUCAGCCAAUAAAAGCAGAGAAAUUAUAUAGAACUAUCUUAAAAUUUGGCGAAAUUUCAGAACAUGAAAAGCUGUUUUGUGUUCACCAAUAUUUUUUAUAUCAAAUUUUUGAUAUGAAAAUACCCUUAAUUGAAGCAUGCAAAUUAAUCCAAUCUGAAAUUUUAAAUGUCCCAAUCGAAUCCAUAAAGGAGUUAGCUUCUUUGUCAUGCAAAAUAAAACUGAAAAAAUUGAUAUCAAGCCCAGCAGAAAAAAACUGAAUUCCUUCCUUAACUAGCAUUGCUUUAUCUCUUAUACAGUGAUUUAUUUAUGGAACUGAAGGGUUUGAAUCUUCAUUAAACGAGUUUGAUAGCUUUAAAUCUGAAAAUAUGUGUGAAACCUCUAUAUGCAAAGGAUUAUCAGAUGAAUACUUUUUCUCAAACAACAUUUUGCUACUACUCUAUGCAAAAAACAUACAAAGAUUAAUAUUAUCUGCUCAAUUAUACAUGAAUCCAGCCUUACGGAGUUUCCAGUCUUUCCCUAAAAAUCCAUUAUUUUUCUCCUUUUUCCUUAAUUUUUACUCAAAUCCAAAAUUUUUGAUCUUUAAUGAUAUCAAAAAAAUUACACAUUUCAGCCCAUUUCAUAUGAAGUUAAUUAUAAACAACCCGAAGUUCCAAUUAUUAGGCAUGAAAAUAUUACCAAAAUUUUUACUUAAUUUAUCAAGAAACAUUAAAUUGGAUCCAGAUUAUAUUGAUCUCUGAAGAAUUUAUAUUAAUAAUUCAAAUGAAAAUAUCAAAGAAACAAUAGUUCACCAAGCCAUAAGAAGGCAUCCUUGGCUAAAAGAAUUUUAUUUAUUGCUAGAAAUGGAUGAAAAAUGGGAACUUAUUGCUGAAAAAGAAAUAAGGAUGGCUGAUUUUUAA